AUGGCAGCUCCAGUCAUAAUUCAGUUGAACAAUGGCGAUAAAGUGAAUCGCUUUACGGUUUUCAAAAAAUUAGGAGAAGGUACGUUCGGAGCAGUUUAUGCUGUAAGAGAAGACAAUGGAGCAGAGCAUGCAUUGAAAGCAGAGUUAGCUACAGAGAAGAUACCGCUCCUGAAAUUAGAGCUGUAUGUGAUGCAGAAACUGACACAAAAGGGAGCGAAACAUAUGGCAACAUUGAUUGAUAAAGGACGACAUGCUAAUUUCAAUUUCAUCGUCAUGAAAUUUCUAGGGAAAUCUCUUCAAGAUGCAAAGAAGACGGGCCCAAAUGGACAUUUGACGUUGGCAUCAGCAAUUGGAGCAUCAAUUCAAUGUCUGGAAGCAGUCGAAGAACUACAUUGGUGUGGGUUCUUGCAUCGAGAUGUGAAACCAGGAAAUUUCUGUUUGGGAAGAGCUGAAUUGAAUGAAUUGAGAAAGAUCUUUGUGCUUGACUUUGGAUUGUGUCGGAGAUUUGUGAAUGAUCAGAAUGUUAUGUUACAGCCACGAAAAAAAGCACCGUAUAGAGGAACUCCUCGUUAUGCACCAAUUGCAUCUCAUAAUUCAAUGGAGCACGGAAGAAAAGAUGAUUGUGAGAGUUGGUUCUACAUGCUAGUUGAUUUCACAAAUGCUGCACUUCCAUGGAAAGUUGUAACUCAAAUGAAAGAAGUUGGAGAAAUGAAAAAGAAUUCUCGGUUUGAUCCAAUGGCAUCACAAAUGUUUGCUGGAUGUCCAAUAGAUGAAUAUCGACAGAUUAUGAAUCAUAUCGACAGCCUCUCUUUCUUCAUGGAACCAAAUUACGGAUUGAUCUACACGAUUCUCAGAAAACUGAUGCAGACGAAGAACAUUCAAGAGUUUCCGUAUGAUUGGGAAAAAGAGUAUGCUGUCGGAAAAUAA